CUUGAAAGUGAAAGAAGAAAAUAAAGGGAGGAGGCGAGUCUAUUAAAAAGCCUUGUCAUCCCAGCACAGCAGUAUCACACUGACGAGAGCCACAUACGAAAAGCUAUGGGGGGAGCACUUUUGAGUCAGCCAUGGAGGACUGUGCCAAAGAGCAACAAAGACAAUCUCGAUUUUGUAAAAUCUUAUAAACCUCGAAACAAUAAAGUCAUACAUCUCAGGAUUCUGCUUCAUGGACCCGCUGGUGCCGGCAAGUCCAGCUUCAUCAACUCUGUUGACAGUGUUUUACAAGGCAGAGUUACCGGUCGGGUUCCAACAGAUGCAACAUCUGAGAAAACCUUCACCGAACAAUACAAAACUUACAAAAUCCACAAGGAUCAAGAGAACUUUUACUCUGUAAUUUUUAAUGACACCAUGGGCUUGGAGAAAUCGCCUGACGAUGGAGUUCAUGUGGAAGACCUCAAACUGGCUCUGAGGGGACAUGUGAGAGACGGUUACCAGAUCAAUCCUAAACGCAAAAUGCAGACGGGUGAUCCAUCUUACAACCCAUCUCCCACUCUGGAUGACAAGGUUCAUGUCCUGGUUUCUGUCAUUCCUGCUGGCUCAGUAACUUUGCUAAGUGAGGAAGUUUGGAAGAAGAUGAGAGAAGUCAGACUAGCAGCCAGGGACAUGGGGAUUCCCCAAGUGGCUAUUCUCACCAAAGUUGAAAAAGCCUGUGCUGAGGCGAACGAAGACAUCAAAAAUGUGUAUAAGAGCAAGUACCUGAAGGAACAGGUUGACAUGUUCAGCGAGAUGCUCGGACUUCCACUGAACUGCAUCUUCCUUGUGAGGAACUACGAAACAAAAAACAGCAUGAAUGACGGCAUUAGUGCGCUGAUAUUGUGUGCACUGAGACAUAUGAUCGACUAUGGAGAAGACUACCUCAGGGACCUGUAGACCUGCACGCUGCUGAGGCAAAACCUGCGCGAUUAAGGCGAGAAAAACAUUUAUCUCAAAAAUAUCUGAAUUCUUCUUCAUAGUGAUUUCUGUUAUUGUGUAAUUCAUAUCAGAUGUAAAUCAUCAGUUGUCACGAUAUCCCACUUCCACUGCACAAUUAUCAUGGCCAAAAGAAUUCACAAUAACAAUAUUUAACAAUACUUAUUACUUGUUAUUUGACUUUGAUGACCAGCAUGAGCCAAAAGGAUUCGGAAAACAUGGAAAAAGUGUGUAAGACUGAAUAUAUACGUAACAAAUACCAACAACCAGAUGUGCUUGGCGAGGCUUUUGUUGGACUGAGGUAAAAAACAUAAUGAGUGAGAAAGUCAAAGCCCACGUAAUAAUGACUGUUUUGAAGUUGGGCAUUCUAAUGGACUCCUAUGGGGGACUGACUCACUUUUGGGGCCAUUCUAGGAACUGCAGCUGUUGGUACUUUGGUGUUGGCUUCAGUUCUCAGACCCAGAGACGGGCUCUCGAUUAUAUCUUGUCCAAACUAUGUUAACCUCACUCAAAACAAGCCAAGGUGAUCUUUAAGACAAACCUUUGACACAAUGUUGUUGGGCAUGUUAUAGGUGGUACAAGAAGCCCUGCUGAAUUUAUGGUGAGGAGAAAUCCCCCCCUGCACUUUCUGUAUGACUCGUUGCUGUGGCUGACAGGCCAUCAAAUGUACGUGUGUGUCUCUACUUCAGCUGUGCUGUUAUUCAUUCUUUCAUUUUCUGGUAUGGAUGGUGUUUACUUGAAGACAAAUUCAAAAGAAUAGAAAUAAUCAUUAACUCAUCAUUAUUGCAAUCAUUGUACACCUCUGGUUUCAUCCUCUGCAUACUACAACAGCAAAAGUAUGCAUAUACUGUAUAUGUUCUACAAUAUGUGCAGCAUGAAUGAGUGUAUGAAUUUCUCUUUCAUUAUGUAACCCCGUGUUGUAUAAUGACUAAUAAAUUACCUUCUACCUUGUACCUUGAAUGAUGACAUGCCAACUGUUGUGUGAGUCUCAAAGUCUCUCGCCACAGACAAGUGAAGGCAGCUUAACUGAUCCCUAUGACCUCACAACUACAUGUUUUAAAUGUGAGAGAAGGUUACCAGGUAU